GAAGAUAAUAGCAAUUCAUCCGCUGACACAGACGAUGAUGAAAAGAAUUCAUCCCCAGUGAAAGAUAAAGGUAAUGCACACGAGCAAGCAAACAAGGUGGUAAAGAAAAAUAAGAGCGAACAGCCGCGACGAAAAAUCGCCUUGAAUGCACGAGAAUACGUUGCUCGAUUACACGAGAAAGAAGACAAGAAGUACGCCAAAAGGUUGCAACGCGAAAGUAAGAAGUCUGGAGAAAAACGCCCUGGCAAGCGGAAGCUCACUGGAGAUGAUGCAGAGCCUCGCAAAACUCUCAAGACGGCAAAUGGCACUUUCCUCUCGAUAGCUAAGGACAGCUCCUCAAUUUCUGAUGGCAGUUCGCUGCUUCCCAUGGAACCUAUCCAGGCAAACACUCACGCUCAGCAGUUUGCUCAACUUAGGGCCGCUCAACUCAAAUCCCAGAUACCCCAAAAUUGCGAUACAAGGCGCAAAAAUACGCAGAAUCAAGAUCUACGCGAAGCGGUAAGCUUGUUUGGCUAUAAAAGAGUUGAGGCUGAGAAUGGUCGCUGGAAACUGAAAGGCAUGGAGACUGCCUUAGAAAGCUACCAACUCACAGCUGUAGCUUGGAUGGUGAAGAGAGAGCUUGCUCGAGGGAAACCAUUCGGUGGACUCUUGGCUGACGCUAUGGGUAUGGGCAAAACGGUCAUGAGUCUGGCAUGCAUUGUGGGAAACCAAGCAGAUGUUGAGCAUGCCAGAGAUUUUUGCAGGGCCACACUCGUGGUAGUGUCGAAUAAGACAUUUGGGAAGCAGUGGGAAGAAGAAGCGCAGAAACACUGCAAAGCACCCAUCAAGGAUAAAGUCUUCAUGUAUGAUCCAACUUACGGGGGUUUGGUGGACAAAUGUAAAAGGUCUUUCAUUGUCGAAAUAAUAUCUCAGUUUCCCAGCAAUAGCGUCCUCCGGGAGCUGGAAGAAAAGUAUAGUAGCGAUGACGUCUCUUUUCGCCGCGAGCUUGAGGCCCGUGUUGGUACUAUAUUCGGGAUCAAGUGGUACAGGAUCAUUCUUGAUGAAGCGCAUGCCAUCAAGAAUGUUAACAGCCGUACUUCUAAAGCCUGUUGUGCAUUAUUGGGAAAAUAUCGCUGGGCUUUAUCUGGCACCCCACUGGCCAACAGCUCCGAAGGUAUGUACCCGUACCUCAAGUUCACAGAGUGUGAAUCGACAUUGACCUCGAAAGAGUUCAAAGCUAUGUACACCAGCUACGGUAAAUCGAAUUCUCGAUUUGAGGCACUAAUAAGCCUUAUCAUGUAUCGAAGGACAAUGAAUGAUGAAUUUAUGGGGCACAAGAUUAUCAAUUUGCCAGAGAAGAAAGAAAUUGAUCUUCUAGUUCCUUUGUCCAUGGAGGAACAGGUCAUUGUUGAGGCUGUGAAAUCAUUUUACAAAAAAGCAGCGAAAAGGCUGAAACAAGGAACGAUUGGAAAAGACCAGCUGGAAGCGGCAGUAGACAAUUUAGACGAUGCGGAGGAAGACGAAGACGAAGGAAAGGGAGACAAAGCUGGCAAAAUUGCCGGAGUAUCAUCUCGGUCUAUGAGUCACAGAUUGGGUCACGCCAGCCAAGUGAGAAAGCGGCAAGCAAUAUCUCAUCCAUUUUGCAUUGAGCGGCUUCUCCGUCGUUCGUUUGAAGAAGAGGACCUGAAAGAGCUGAUAGACGCUCUUGAGAAAUUGCCCUCGAAGCAAACCAUCAUUCAGCAGAUCCGUUUGAAGAUGGGGAAAGACUGCGACAUGUUGAGAUAUGAAACUGGGCUGAAAUUGUUGGAACAGAGAGAAGAAGCUAUGUUUGGUAAGUCUUUCGACAUGAAGACGUUACUAAAGUUGGCGAGGUGCGAGAGCUCAUUGAGAGGCAAUAACUGUCUUCUCUGCCAAAAACCACCCGUGGAUCCGGUUCACGCAGAUGAUAAUUGUCCUCACAAAGACUGCGGCAAAGAACUUGAAGUGGGAGAGGAUAUCGAGACUGUGCAAACCAAUCUUGACUCACUUGACAAGAGAUAUCGCGAGCCUGGAAGAGAUAGCAACAACGUUAUUAUACGUCAAGACGAUGACCGAAAUGGCUUCUUCAUUUGCAGUACAUUCUUACAGGAUGUUCCAACUGUGCCAAGCGCAAGACUGACGGCAACAAUGGCAAUUGCUCUCACCUGGCUGCAUGAAGCCCCCGACGACAAAAUUCUCAGUAUGUAUCUGAAACUACUAGUUUCGUCAUGGAAUCAGUGGGACUUACUUUUUUUUGCUUCACUUUUCUUAGUUUUCACCCAGUUUAUUGGAACUGCCAAGAUCCUAGGAUAUAUGCUCGACACCUUGGGCAUUGGGUUUGUGUAUUAUUGGGGCGGUCUCCCUGGUGGACAGAAGCGCAAAGCCUUGGAAGCGAUAAAGCAAAAUGCAGAUGUGAAAGUCAUGGUUUCCACUCUCAAGAGCGGCGGUCAGUGUCUCAACCUCACGGUGGCAAACAGGGUGAUAAUCAUUGAUCCCUGGUGGAACAAGACUGCCGAGCAACAGGCUUUUGGACGGGUAACCAGAAUGGGCCAAACGAAGGAGACUCACUUGGUCACUAUAAAAACUGAGGACGAGACUGACAGUCGCAUUCAUACGCUUCAAGUGAAAAAGGCGGCAGAUGUUGAUUAUACAUUGCAGGACGACGGCCAU